UAAUUGUAAACAUCAAUUUCUUCUUUCUCUGAUCGGCUGUUCUGAGGGGCCCCCUCCCCAUAAAAUUCCAGACAGUGAGCCAGCUAUCCUUCCCUUGUCUUGGUGCAGGUUUGGCCACAGCUCAUCUCCCCAAACCUCAAUGGGAGUAAUGGGUAGUCCAUGAGCUCUUCGGUGAGGUAUAGACGAGUGAAAGACUUGGGAGAGGUCAUCAAGAUGUCUCGUGGGAGGUAUCAGAGCCAAGGUGGUGCCUUUGCUGGUCUUCUUGUGGUGUUGCUUCCUGUUUUCUGGCCACAACUCUUCUCUCCACUUGGUCACGCAUUGCCUUCGGUCUUCUCAGAAUGGAAAGCGCCUAAGCCAAGGCAUUUGCCUUUAAUAAGGGGAGCUUUAAACCGUCCAGUGAAUGGGGACCCUGACCUCUGGUCUCCCAUGCCUGACAAUGGAUGGAGACGUUGUGAUGAACCUCAAGCCACUCGAUCAUUAGACACACAAUCACAAGGGUUUAUCCAGAUUUUUCUCGAUGGAGGACUAAACCAACAGAGAAUGGGGAUAUGUGAUGCAGUUGCUGUGGCCAAGAUCUUGAAUGCAACCCUCGUCAUCCCUUAUCUUGAAGUUAAUCCUGUUUGGAAAGACUCAAGCUCAUUUGGUGACAUAUUUGAUGUGGAUCACUUCAUUGAUGCUCUCAAGGAUGACAUUAAAAUAGUAAGAGAAUUACCUGAUGAAUUUUCGUGGAGCACAAGAGAAUAUUAUGCUACAGGAAUUCGAGAUACAAGGGUUAAGUCAGCGCCUCUUCAUGCAUCAGCAAAUUGGUAUCUGGACAAUGUCUUACCCAUAUUGCAGAGUCAUGGUAUUGCUGCUAUUUCUCCUUUCUCCCAUCGGCUGGCUUUUGAUAACAUGCCCGUUCACAUCCAGCGGUUACGGUGUAAGGUUAACUUUCAAGCUUUGACUUUUGUCCCUCAUAUCAAAGCUUUGGGUGAUACCCUCGUUCAACGUCUUAAGUAUCAAGCUCGCAAAGAUGAAGAGGGCAAGUACAUUAGAGAGACCACUGAAAAAGUGUUGGAUGAGGGUUCUGGAAAAUUUGUUGUUCUACACCUUCGCUUUGACAAGGACAUGGCUGCUCAUUCUGCUUGUGAUUUUGGAGGUGGGAAAGCUGAGAAACUGGCACUUGCAAAAUAUCGUCAAGUGAUUUGGCAAGGAAGAGUCUUGAACUCCCAAUUUACAGAUGAGGAACUGAGGAGCAAAGGACGCUGCCCUUUGACACCAGAAGAGAUAGGAUUGCUGCUUGCAGCUUUAGGCUUCGACAACAGUACACGCCUUUAUCUUGCUUCUUACAAGGUGUAUGGUGGGGAAGCAAGAAUCUCAACACUGCGCAAGCUUUUCCCUUGGAUGGACGAUAAAAAGAGCUUGGCAUCAGAAGAGGAGCUAUCAAAGGUCGAAGGGAAAGCUUCUUUACUAGCUGCAGUUGAUUAUUAUGUGAGCAUGCAGAGUGAUAUAUUCAUUUCAGCAUCUCCAGGAAAUAUGCAUAAUGCACUGGUGGGACAUCGUUCUUAUGCAAAUUUGAAGACCAUUAGACCGAAUAUGGUGCUGUUGGGGCAACUGUUUCUGAACAAGAGCAUGGAAUGGAUUGACUUCCAGAAGGCUGUCGUCGAUGGGCACAAAAACAGACAAGGGGAGAUCAGGUUGCGGAAGCCAAAUCAAUCAAUAUAUACGUACCCUAUUCCAGAUUGUAUGUGCAGUUCGUAAUUCAUAGUUGGAUUCCUAUGGACCAGAGAAUCAUGCUUCUGUUGUUACUUCUUGCACCUAAUAAACAUCAUAUAGUAGCUUGUGUUGUAAAUCAUAUACGUUAAUUCUCUCUC